AUGGCCCUUGCACGACCAACAACCAAACUCCCCCCUGGAGCCAACCGAAUCCUCUUUGUCAAGAAUUUGAACUACCAGAUCACAGGAGAGGACCUGUACGAUUUGUUCGGGCGCUAUGGCAGCAUCCGUCAAAUCCGAAUAGGAAAUGAACAAAAAACUAAAGGCACGGCAUUUGUCGUAUACGAUGAUGUUAUGGAUGCUAAAAACGCGCUCGACCAUCUGAAUGGUUUCCACUUACAAGAACGGUAUAUCGUUGUGUUGUAUCAUAUGCCUGCGAAGCAAGAUGCUGCAGCUGCAAAAGCUGAUCUUGCCAGGAGAGAGGAAGAGCUUGCUCAAUUGAAGAAAAAGCACGAUAUUGGGGAUGCUUAA